GGUUGUGGACAGAAAAAAUGAACAUUUCCUUGCCGCUGGAUAAUAGUUGCUCUAUGACUAUUUACGAUCACACCAUCUGAAUAAGGCCAGAUUCUAGAUAACAGAUUUACAUGCAGUAUCUAUGCUUAAGGGAAAUAGUGAGUAAACCAGCAAAUGGCUGAUCUAUUCCAGUUCCCUGGGGCGUUGCAUGGGUGACACAGUGUGAAAGCACAUCAGAGGUAACUCUGUGACCUUAAACAGAGGUACAUCUUCUUCCUCACCUAACUGCAAGCGAUAUCAAACUUGCUCAAUCUCCUCAGGGGGUCCACGUCCCCAACACGUCAACACUCCGACAGUGAGCAGAGUGGCAAAUGAAGAGAGGAACGCGGGUGAGACUACGAGAAGAGUGUCCUGAGUCUGUGAAGGUGUUUCAAAUGAAGAGAGGAACGCGGGUGAGACUACGAGAAGAGUGUCCUGAGUCUGUGAAGGUGUUUCAGGUGUUCUGCUGUUUCGUUGGUAACAAUGGAUCAAGUCAAGGCAACCACAGAUUACUAUAUUUAUGAAGACAACUACAGCUUUUCACCAGAAACCGGCAGUAGCCAAUCCAGUGGCGUGCCUUGCAACCAGGAUGGCAUCAUGGACUUCACCCGGAGCUACUCUCCUGUGGUCUACAGCCUGGUGUUUGUGCUGGCACUGGUGGGUAACAUCCUGGUGCUGUGUGUCCUGAUGCGCUACCGCACCUCUCAGAGAGGCGGGGCCUGCUCCUUCUCCCUCACCGACACCUUCCUGCUCCACCUGGCCGUGUCCGACCUCCUGCUGGCCCUCACGCUGCCCCUGUUCGCCGUCCAGUGGUCCCACCUGUGGCUGUUCGGUGUGACCGCCUGCAAGAUUUCCGGAGCCUUGUUCUCUCUGAACCGCUACAGCGGCAUCCUGUUCCUGGCCUGCAUCAGCUUCGACCGCUACCUAGCCAUCGUCCACGCCGUCAGCACCGGCUGGAAACGCAACACCUGCCAUGCCCAGAUUGCCUGUGCCCUCAUCUGGACAGUGUGCUUUGGCCUGAGUGGGGUGGACAUCGCCUUUAGACAGGUGGUGGAGAUGGAAGUGGGGCGCUCGGAGGAUCAUCAGGGCCUGCUGGUGUGCCAGACGGUGUUCCCCCACAGCUCAAUGCAGUGGCAGGUGGGGAUGCCGCUAGUCAACUUGGUGCUGGGUUUUGGGCUGCCCCUGCUGGUCAUGCUCUACUGCUACAUCCGUAUCUUCCGCUCCCUUUGCAACGCCUCGCGCCGCCAGAAGAGGAAGUCCCUUCACCUCAUCGUCUCCCUGGUGUCUAUGUUUGUGCUCUGCUGGGCACCCUACAACUCCUUCCAAUUGGCCGAAAGCCUGAAGAAGCUGGGCGUGAUUAGUGGAGGCUGCCAGUUUGGCCGCACGGUGGACAUCGGGAUCCUGGUGUCUGAGAGCAUGGGCCUGUCACACUGUGCCCUGAACCCGCUGCUGUACGGCUUUGUGGGGGUGAAGUUUAGGAGGGAGCUGACCAGAAUGUGUAAGGGGCUGCUGGGACAGAGGUUCUAUCCAGGGAUGAAGGAAUGGAGAGGACAGAGGAAAACACGGAGGACCACUGGGUCCUUCAGCUCAGUAGAGAGCGAGAACACCUCCCACUUCUCUGUCAUGGCGUGAGCCAGCCACGUGCACAGAGAGGGGUUCUACCUGUACCCAAGCACAUUUUUGUUGUUGUUCUGAACCCACAAGUCAUCGUAAAGUCGUCAAGUUCACCACCCCCAACCCCCCCAUCCCAUUGGUCUGCCCUGUACAGAGCUUGCGUGUGCCUGGUAUCCAAACAUGCAUGGCUUGGGAUGCAGUCACCGGUCGAGUCUGUGUAGCAAGCUACCUAGUUUAAAUACCAACAGUACUGCCACAGUAGCAUAACAUUUGAUCUACAUCAUCAUCAAUAUUUUGUUUGGUCUACAUAGCCUACGCGCAGCACAGAGGCAGAAGACAGAGAGGAGCAGCUGCAUUCAGGCUGUACGACCCUCUACGACCCUCUGACCCAUCUCCAUCCCUUCAUCAGUCGGGUGUUGCACAUGUGUGUCAGGGCAGCAGCAACACAGGUAGUCUGGACUUAUACCGUAGCAUGAGUUAGAAGAGUAUGAAUAUUAUAGUAUAUAAUGAAGUUAUUAUUUAAGAGCAUUGAAGAGAAAUCACAAAAAAUGCUAGUUAACUAUCAGGUUUACAUCAAUCAUCAACACAAUGAUCAGAUGAUAGCCUAUUGUCUUUACCCAAUGUCAAUCAUGUGUUUAGGAAGCACUAACUAGCGUGCUUACAAUUUUUGAUGAGUGAGUGUGUUGUUGCAGAAAUAAAUAGGUUUAUGUUUGUUUUUUUUAUCUCUACAAAGGCAGGUAGUAUGUUAUGAAUUUAGAGAUGUACUUUUUUUAAGGUGGUUGUCACUAGUUAUCACAGCCAAAAAGGCAAAAUUGUCUCUAAUGUAAAAAUGUAUGAAAACAAAAAAUAACUUUUUGGUCUUAAUUUAAGGUUAGGGUUAGGCAUAAGGUUAAAAGUGUGGUUAGGGGUAAGGUUAGGUUUCAAAUCAAAUUUGAAGAAGAGAGAGGGAGAAAGAGGGAGAGGGGAAUGUGGAGAAUGACUGAAAAAGAGUGAGGAAGAGAGAAUACAAGACAAAAGGGGGACAGGGAGUCAUGAAAAGAGGGAACAGAAAUUGGAAUGAUUGUGAAAAUGACAAAAUGGGGAAGAAAUACAGAUGUGCGCAUUGUGUCAAAGUGAGGAAAAAACGGAUGUUAUUUUGUUGUGAUUCGUUCCUCUGGUGCUUCCUGAUAGUUGCCUAGCUCAAAAUGAUGGUGCUUUUAAAGACCACACCUUCUCAGGACGAGGAAUUUUUCAUAUAGUAGUCUACUUUCGCUAUCUUCUUGUAAAUACAAUUUUGGGGUCAUUUUUGUUCAUGAGAUUCUACAGUCCAUCCAAUCGCAUAGCCUACCAUGUUAACCCCAUCUGCCUCUAGUGUUUGGCUUUAUGAUAAAUUGAUGACUAAUUUCAAGGAACUGCUAAAUAGAUUUUUUUAAAUGUUUGAUACCCACUCCCUCAAAAGGGCCAAGUCAUCAUUAUAUGUGUUACUCAUAUAUUGCCUUGUAGUUUUGAAGGCAGCAAAUACUUAUACAUUUCAAAUCCUCGCAGCAAUAAUUUUUUCUUUGGUUGAUUGCUUCAUUUUGUCACUUGCUGAAGAGGGGAAACAACGGUGUUAAGUCAUGACAGACAUGCAGCUUUACCUAUCGCAAACUGUCCACGUGUCCUUUGGUACCAGACUGUUGUUCAACAUUUGCUAAUUUACCUAUUUAGAUGAGAUUGUUAUCAAUCAGUCAGCACAACAGAUAUGUACAUGGGAUUUUAUGCAUGUAUUUCUAUGUUGUAGAAAUUUGAGGAAGUAGAAUAAAACAUUGGGGGAAAUGUCAUUUUCAUAUCAAUAAAUAAAUGAUAUGCAAAUAUCUUGUUA